CGGACGGAACCACCGGGGCGGGGUGGGGAGGUAACGGGACGGGCGCGACCAUGGCGCGCUGAGGGAGCGGGGGUGGGGAUCGGUCCGGGGGAGGCCUGGGGCCGCUGGCUUGUGCGCCGUCUCGGCCGCCCCCCCUUUCGCCGCCGCCGCCGCCGCCGCCGCCCCGGGCAUGUCGUCCAACUGCACCAGCACCACGGCGGUGGCGGUGGCGCCGCUCAGCGCCAGCAAGACCAAGACCAAGAAGAAGCAUUUCGUGUGCCAGAAAGUGAAGCUAUUCCGGGCCAGCGAGCCGAUCCUCAGCGUCCUGAUGUGGGGGGUGAACCACACGAUUAAUGAGCUGAGCAAUGUCCCUGUCCCUGUCAUGCUAAUGCCGGAUGACUUCAAAGCGUACAGCAAGAUCAAGGUGGACAAUCAUCUCUUCAAUAAGGAGAACCUCCCCAGCCGCUUUAAGUUUAAGGAGUACUGCCCCAUGGUGUUCCGAAAUCUCCGGGAGAGGUUUGGGAUUGAUGAUCAGGAUUACCAGAAUUCAGUGACGCGUAGUGCCCCUAUCAACAGUGACAGCCAGGGCCGAUGUGGCACACGUUUCCUCACCACCUAUGACCGGCGCUUUGUCAUCAAGACUGUGUCAAGUGAGGAUGUGGCUGAGAUGCACAACAUCUUAAAGAAAUACCACCAGUUCAUAGUGGAGUGUCAUGGCAACACCCUUUUGCCUCAGUUCUUGGGCAUGUACCGCCUAACUGUGGAUGGCGUAGAAACCUACAUGGUGGUCACCAGGAACGUGUUCAGCCACCGGCUCACUGUCCACCGCAAGUAUGACCUCAAGGGUUCCACUGUUGCCAGGGAAGCGAGUGACAAGGAGAAGGCCAAGGACUUGCCGACAUUCAAAGACAAUGACUUCCUCAAUGAAGGGCAGAAGCUGCAUGUGGGAGAGGAGAGUAAAAAGAACUUCCUGGAAAAACUGAAACGGGACGUAGAGUUCCUGGCCCAGCUGAAGAUCAUGGACUACAGCCUUCUAGUGGGCAUCCAUGAUGUGGACCGGGCAGAGCAGGAGGAGAUGGAGGUGGAGGAGCGGGCAGAGGAUGAGGAGUGUGAGAACGAUGGGAUGGGCGGCAACCUGCUCUGCUCCUAUGGCACGCCUCCAGACAGCCCUGGCAACCUCCUCAGCUUCCCUCGGUUCUUUGGUCCUGGGGAAUUCGAUCCCUCUGUUGAUGUCUAUGCCAUGAAAAGCCAUGAAAGUGCCCCCAAGAAGGAGGUAUAUUUCAUGGCCAUCAUCGAUAUCCUCACACCGUAUGAUGCUAAGAAGAAAGCUGCACAUGCUGCCAAGACGGUGAAACAUGGGGCGGGGGCCGAGAUCUCGACUGUGAACCCUGAGCAGUACUCCAAACGCUUCAACGAGUUCAUGUCCAACAUCCUGACGUAGUUACCUUCCACCUUCAGCCAGAGCCAGAGCGCUGGAUGUGGGGUUGGGCUUGAAAGAGGGAGAGGGUGCAUUUGGGCUAAGAUGGGAGGGUGGGGAGCAGAUUGGGGGGUAGGGGAGGGCUUUAGCAAUGAGACUGCAGCCUGUGACACUGAGAGACUAGCUGGGGAGGAGGGGAUGUGCUGUGUGUGCACGUGCUCACAGGAUGUAGCCUCACCUGCUUACCCUUGAUUUCCCUCCACUUGACCCAGGUUAAAAAGGGGUUUCCUUUUUGUUACCUUGUAACCUUUUAGGAUACCUUGGGGCUAGAGAUGACUUUGUGGGUUUAUUUAGGUUUUGUUUCUGAAACUUUGUUGCCCCAGGUUUGCUAUUGAUAAUGAUGUAUGUCAUCACCCUAUCCACCCUCCCCAUCCCUGCCCUGCUCAGUUCCCUUCAGUUAAAGAGGCACCCCAUAGACCCAGCCAAGGGUCCCUCAGAGCAAAGUGCUCUAAUGCCAGAGGAGAGGAGGUCGGACACCUCAGCCCUGCUGCACUUGAUCUUGUCUGGAUUAACCUUUUAAUUUUAUGGAGCAUCAUGCACAGCUUCUUCCACCUUUCCACCUCAGAGCUGAGUGAAAUGUUACAUGAUUCCUCCAUCUAAUGCUGUUGCCCCGGAGGAACACUCCAGAUCAACGUCAGGCAUCUUGGAUCGGAAUCAAAGACCUCAAAGGGGAGUGAGUUCAUCCUCAUGGGAUGGUAGGGGGUGGGGGAGCUGCUGGGCUCUUGGACAGCUGGUUCUCAGAGAACCCUGUGAUCCUCGCCAAAGCCCCUGGGCUCUCUCGGCCCCUGGAGUUCAGAUGUCCUCUCUCUAAAGUCUGCUUCCCACUGGAUCAAGAGGAAGGCACCUUUGGAUGUGACAGAACCCUCGUGCUAAAGUGGUUAUUUUCCCUUGGGGAAACCCCGGAAACUGAUGAAUAUCAAAUGAGGUCUUGUGUCCUCCAUUCAGUGACUUCCUUCUGACCUUCCUCCAGGCACCCACACUUGUAGAUGAGCUUUUAGCUGGGGGCAGAUCUCCAGGCACCUGGGGUGCUCCUUGCAGAGAUACCUCUUCAAGCCCCACGGCUACCAUGUAGGUAAUCUGACUCCUUGUGCCUGUGGUUUGUCACCUGGAUGGUUAUGGCCAGCAGGGACUGGCGCCCUCCAUCUUGGAGUGUGGUGGCCAAGCCUGAGGUUGCUUCUGAGUCUCUGGAGGGUGUGACCCAGGAAAUCCAAUUUGGAGGCUUGAUGUGGGGUUCGACCUGGCCUGCAACCCCGGGGCUGUUUUUCCUUGAUGCCCCCCCACCAGACUUAGCAAUUCUGCUACCCACAGCUUCCUCAGAAGUGCCAUCCUGCAGCUUCCUUCAGAAUCUCCACCCACCUUCUGAGCCUGCUACCCAGGCCUCAGAAUUGAGCCAUGUAUGUGGGUCCGUGAUGCCAUCAGAGCAGUCUGGUCUGGCUAGGAGAGAAAACGGCCCUGCACUGGAGGAGGUACAUUCCUGCAUCUUCUCACCUCCUCACCAGGAACUGGGCAUUUGGGAUGAGAUAUGGUAAAACUUGUAGAUAACCCCGCACAUGGGAAGAAAGUUUGUGGAACCAUUUUGAAUGAAUGGAUUGGUUUCUUGUGGCUCCCUCCAAACUUGGCCAAGCUCAGCUUCUGGAGCAGGAACCAGCACCGUCUCGGUGCCCUACCUGCAGCAUUGUGUCAGUGAGGAAUGGAGACAGCAUUCUUGGACUUCACUGGGGCUGCCAGAACCCUUCUGGAAGAGGCAGACGGGCUCCAACAACUGCCCUGGCCCCAGGAAGGGGCCAUAGGUAGCUCUGAACAUCAGCAGCGAGACCACGAAGUGACUUGGAGAAGAACUUGGAACCAAGUGGCUCAUGGAGAAAACAGAUUUGACUUAGGGAGGGAUUAUGUGGGAAUAAUGUUUGGACUUGAUUUCCCCACCUCCUAAUCAAGAAUGAAAAUUUGGAUCUGCUCCUAGUCAGGCCCAGCAUCUCCGAAGCUUGGCAGGCUGUCUCCCAGCAGCCUCCACAGGCUUGGGCUCCCACCUCCUAAUCAAGAAUGAAAAUUUGGAUCUGCUCCUAGUCAGGCCCAGCAUCUCCGAAGCUUGGCAGGCUGUCUCCCAGCUGCCUCCACAGGCUUGGGCUCCCACCGGCUUCUGCAUUUGGUCUGCUGAUCAUGUUGCCAUAAUGUGUACGAAAAGCGUAACACCAUCUAUCAGUUAAAGAUGAGCUACCAGGUCUCUAACUUCUUUAACAUUGAGUUUCUGUGGGGUUUUUUGUAUAUUGUUUACAUUUUGAGAGGUAGCAUUCUGUUUUAAAUGCUUUUUGUUCUUCUGACAGUAUUGUUGAUUGGGUCGAAACAUUUGAGCUGUGGUUUGGUGGAUUUUAGGUUUUUCUUUUUAAAGGUCAUUUUCUGUACUAUCUUCAGAUUGGUUUGGCCCUCUAAUUCCUUUGGCACUCAAAUGUUUAAAAGCUAUUUAUCUUGGUUUAUACAAGUUUUCUUGCUCUUCUUUUUGUAAUGAGGAAGAUAUGUUUGGUUUGCAGUCUGAAUGUAGAGAAAGUGAACUGAUCCCCAAGCUUUUGUCUGCCCCCACUCUUUUUUCCAAGUCCCGCCUUUCCCUCAUUGGGCAGUAAGGCAUCCGAGGGGAAGUGCCUGCCCUCCACCUCCCUCUUUGGAGCCAUGAAGAAAGGCUGAAUCGUCUUACGCCAUCUUGGAAUACCUUUGGGUCUCCCAAGGACAAAGGUAUAAGAAUAGGACAUGGCUGACUGGGUGAGGCCUAGAUGGGGAUGAGGGCGGGAUUCGUCUCCCUUCCCUCCCUCUACCAUUUCACCAGUCACAGCUUCUCCCGUCCUGCCCCACCCCUCUUCUCUGAAAGUCCAUGGCUGAGAAAACUGUGGUCUCCCAGCCAACGUGAGGAGUCUGAAAACUCCACUUAGACCACUAGGUGAAGGCCUCUGGCCCUUGUUCCUGUUAAUGAACCACUGAGUCUUUGUCCCCCAGUGCAAGCUCCUUCCCUGUGCCUGCGGUGUGGGGAUUACGGGGCAGGCAGGGAAGCCAGCAGUUGCAGGAGCACAGACUGAAGCAGUGCUCCAUCUCUCCUUAUCUAGCUCAGGGGUUACUGGUCUGUGGCAGGUGCCACGAGUCGCCCCUGUGGCUGUUCUCAGUGGCACUCUCUCACACAGGCAGCUCUUCUUCCUCCCCUCACCCUCUUCCUACUUCACUUGUUUCUCUUGCCUGUGCUUUAGGCCUCAAACAGGUCGCCUGGCCGUGCUCGGGGCUUGGGACUACAGACUCCUGCCCUAGUGACUUUCCCCUCUUCACAGUCUGCCAGGGCCUGCCCUGGGAAGCUGGACCAAAGACCCAGGACUUCUCUCAGUAGCCAAUCCCACCCCCCAGUUGUUUCUACCAAUUCAAGUUGGGAGAGAGAAAAACCUUCAGCACUCCCCAGCGUUUGAGCUACUCAAGUGUUAGGGGCUGGAAGGGACAGUGUUUAAACACUCUUAGAGCUCUGGCCUUAGACCUUGGCUCCCCCGGCUCUAGGGACCUCACUUCUUUCUGACAAAUGUGGGGAGUGGGGUGCAGCCUGAGCACAGGAAUCAAAGGGAAAACACAUUCAAACAACUGCCCCCAAAUCUACCAGCCAUCUGCAGGGGCAGUGACGUGCCCAAGCCUUCCUCUGAGAUGGCCGCUUGCGAAGGGAAGACAGGCCCGCCUGUCUCCUGCGGCUUAUGCUGAGAUCCUUCGGAAGCUGGGGAAGAAACUUCCAGAGGAGCCCUUUCCCCUUGCUCAGAGCCAUUUUGUGAGGAAGUGGGAACCAACAACCUUUGUGGGGAGGCCCGGUGCUACUCAGCACACCCAAGCAUCGGGUCAGGUCAUGUAAUAAAAAAAAUGUGAAUGAAGUUUAGAUUCACCUUUUGGGGGAGCAGGAUGAACUACCGGCCCAUCAUGUGUGUGACUUCUCAAUUUCCCACUGCAAUUUCCAUUUUUUAAAUAGGAAUUUUCAACCCCCUGUGCUUGUCUAAUGUCUGCUCGGAACAGUUCGAGACCCUGUUACUGUUUUAAAAUGCAUGCAUGUUAAGAUGAAUCUCCAACCCGAGGCAAAAAUAAAACUCAGAAAGUUUUGUGUA